AUGGUGUUUGAACGAGUGUUUGGGUUAGGACGAGGCAUACACGGAAGAGAAAAUCCAGGAACAGUGGGUGAUACCAAUGUUAAGAUCACACCGGCACUGGAGAAUCAAUCUCACCGACGAGCUGGAGUCGAACCAAACCACGUCACAUUUGUUACGCUUCUCUCUGGCUGCGCCCAUUUUCCGGCCAAGGGCGUUCAGUUCGGGCCUUCGCUUCAUGCUUAUGCCCGAAAGCUCGAAUUGGAUACAAAUAAUGUGAUGGUGGGCACGGCGGUGAUUGAUAUGUAUGCCAAGUGUGGUGGUGUGGAUUUUGCUACGUUGGUUUUUGAUGGGCUGGAUGUGAAGAAUUCAAUGUCUUGGAAUACUAUGAUUGAUGGGUAUAUGAAAAAUGGGAAGGUUUCGAAUGCGGUUGAGCUUUUUGAAAAAAUGCUUAACAGAGAUGCGGUUUCUUGGACCAUGUUGAUUGGUGGGUUUGUCAAGAAAGGUCAGUUCGAGCAAGCGUUGGAGUGGUUUAGGGCUGAGAUGCAUCUCGUGGGAGUUGAACCAGACUAUGUGACUAUAAUUGCUGUAAACGCUGCGUGUGCAGAUCUGGGAACGCUUGGUCUAGGCUUGUGGCUAAACCAUUUUGUUAUGAAGCGAGACUUUAAAGACAAUGUUAGGAUAAGUAACUCGUUGGUUGAUAUGUAUUCUCGAUGUGGUUGUAUUGGUUUUGCUCGUCAAGUCUUCGAGAACAUGCUGGAAAGGACAUUGGUAUCAUGGAACUCGAUGAUUGUGGGAUUUGCAGUUAAUGGGCACGCAAAGGAAGCUCUCGAGUUCUUCAACCUGAUGCAGAAGAAAGGGCUCAAGCCAGAUGGGGUCAGCUUCACUGGAGCACUCACCGCGUGCAGCCAUGCUGGUUUAGUCGAUGAGGGGCUCCAUUACUUUGAUAACAUGAAGGGAGUUCACAGAAUAACACCCAGAAUCGAGCAUUAUGGAUGCAUAAUCAAUCUCUAUAGCCGUGCAGGGAGGUUGGAAGAUGCCUUGGGUGUAAUAGAAAACAUGCCGAUGAAGCUAAAUGAAGUUGUGUUGGGUUCUUUGUUGGCCGAUUGUAGAACCAUUGGGAACGUCAGUUUAGCUGAAAGAUUGAUGAAGUACCUCUCUGUGGUUGAUCCUAGUGUUGAUUCCAACUAUGUGCUCCUAGCCAAUAUAUAUGCAGCUGCUGGACGGUGGGAUGGUGCAAACAAGGUUAGAAAGAAGAUGAAAGACCUUGGAGUACAGAAGACACCGGGAUUUAGUUAUGUUGAGGUUGACUGUAACAUUCAUGAAUUCGUGGCCGGUGAUAAAUCCCAUGUUGACACAGAGUGUAUAUAUUCAACCCUAGGGCUUCUCUCCUUUGAGCUCAUAUUAUGUGGGUAUGUUCCAGAAAACAUUGUGAGAGAACCGUACAAGUUUGAUUGA